AUGGCCAUGGAUCGAUUCCAAAGUAUGCAUCCGACUGAGCCCGAUGCAGCUGCAAAGUACCGGAUCCGAGACCGCAAGAGUUGGACAGAGGUCUUUGACCAGCUUGAAGCAGCAAAAGCUGCCAAGCACGCCGCACAGGUUCGCCAGGCCAUGUCUGGGGCAUUCGACGGCAUUGAGCCCAUGUUUUCACAGAUCGAGCUGUUUCCCAAGACAUACCCAGGCGACGAAAACAUCAAACAGGCAUCUAUCGCACUGAUAGCCGUGACUUUCCAUGUGGUCGAGUGUCCUUCUGAGUCUGGGACGACGCACUUCUGCACAAAAUUGAUCGGGCACAUUGCUGAGCACCCACGGCACAUGUCGCUCAACUUCUUCUGUGGUCAGCACUUGGAGCCUUGCAACCCUCACAGCGGUGGUCGUGCCAUGAUUCAGACGUUUCUCUGUCAGCUCUUGAACCAGUGCGACUUUGGUCCUCAAUAUCAAGUGAACCAAGAGUUGGAGCUGAUCAGAGCCGGUGACGUCAAAGAGCUUUACAGGAUGUUUGAGUCUCUAUUCAGCAGGAUUUAUGCAAGCCUCUGUGUCUUUUGCAUCAUUGACGGCGUCGUCUUUUACGAGCGUGACGAGUUCCUGCAGGACCUGGAGGAUGUGAUUCCCAUGAUAGUGUAA